UCAGCCAGGCUCACUAUAUAAACGGAUCGGUUAGCGUGAAGCCAAACAUCCCUUUCCCCAGCGAUUUUGUGAAUCAUCAAUUUUCGUAGAACAAACGCCAAAAGGAACAUCUUUUUCUACUCAGCUCAGAAGAAAGAAAGAAUGGCGGAAGAAGGACAAGUUAUUGGCUGCCACACCGUCGAGGUCUGGAAGGAACACUUCACCAAGGCUGCAGAGUCCAAGAAACUGGUUGUGGUGGAUUUCACUGCUUCUUGGUGCGGGCCAUGCCGUUUCAUUGCGCCAAUUCUGGCAGAUGUCGCCAAGAAGAUGCCUCAUGUCGUAUUUCUCAAGGUUGAUGUGGAUGAACUGAGGGCUGUUUCUGAAGAGCAUCAAGUGGAGGCCAUGCCGACCUUUAUCUUCUUCAAGGAAGGCAAGAUGGUGGACAAGGUUGUGGGUGCCAAGAAGGACGAAUUGCUGGCGUCCAUUGAUAAGCAUGCCGCCAAGGUUGCUUCAGCUUGAGCAGCUAGCAGUGGAAAAUGGAAUGGAGGCUUUAUCUAGUUAUUUGCUUGUUUCUAUCAGUGGUUGUUUAUGUUUCGUGACUGAUUAUGAUAAUGACAAUCUAUGGAUUGUUCAUGGUGUUCUGUAGUCCGUACUAAUCUCGUGAAUGGAUAUUUCUCACUGUUCUGUUAUCAAUUUGUCCUGUUAUUCAAAUCAAUUUGUCCUCUAGAACAGGUUCAACUGCUACUGCGAAUAGUAGCUAGAGUCUCCCUUUUAAUAGUCAACAAACACGCAGUCUCUGUCAAUUUCGAGCUGUUGAUAUUUGGAUGAAUUGUGUUUGUUGUCCCUAUUGAGCAAUUGAACAUGUCUUCAUUGUAAUCCAUUCAUGAUUUGUAGGACGG